AUGCCAGGCGUCGUCGAUAUGCCCGGCGGGCCUCUAUGGCCAGGAUUGGGAUUCACUGUCGCGCACCAGAAAGUUGAACUGGAGAUAGAUUUUGCCACCAGAAGCCUCAAGGGAAAGACAGAAAUCACGAUCCAUCCGCAUCACAAGGACCUUCGAAUCAUUCGAUUGAACUUCCGACAGGGGGAGCUGAAACGCUUAAAUGUCAAUGGAAAGGCGCCUACGAUCAAAUAUGCGGAUCCCUACGAAUCUCUCCAGCUGUACGGUCCUCAUUAUCAUGAACGCCUGUCGACCAAAAUCGAGGGUUUGCUCAAGACUUCCCCGGAGCCGGACCUGCUUGUGACCAUCCCGAAAAGCGUUCGGAUUGAGGAGCUCGAUCCUUUCUCACAGGAAGCUCAGGACCAAAUGACUUUGCGUGCUAGUGGUGCAGGAGAAGACGCGGAUGGGCCCUUGAGUUCUAAACUGGCAGAGACUUCGUUACCUCGCUUUUCGGCGCUCAAGAUCUACAUCGAGUACACGAUUGAGAAUAUUCGGGAUGGGCUACAAUUCGUCGGGGUGGACAACGGCGACAGGCGCUAUCCGCAUGCUUACACAACAAACUCGCUCGGUUACGGCGCUGCAAGUCCUCUGUUCCCUUGUGUUGACGACCCUUUGUCUCGUUGUACCUGGGAAGUCUCCGUCAAAUGCCCGUGCUCUUUAGGCGAUAUCUUCGACCGCAAAAGUCGGGAUCCGUCUGGUGCUCAUCGUUCAAAGCCGACACCUGGGGGUAGUCGAUUCAUCUCUCCGGACGACGAGACUCUUGACUUCUCAGUGGUUUGCUCAGGGGAUAUGACAGAUGAGAUUGUCGAUCCUCGGGAUCCUAGCAAGAAAACGGUUUCCUUCGCAUGUGUCUCGCCUCUUUCUGCCAAGCAAAUCGGCUUCGCCGUCGGCCCCUUUGAGUAUAUAAACCUUUCCGACUUCCGUGAGAGCGAUCAAGAUGAGCAGCUUGGCCAGAACGCUAUUCCUUUACACGCGUUCUGUCUCCCAGGAAGGGGAGAUGAAGUCAGAAACACAUGUUUCCCCAUGGCGAAGGCUAUUGACUUCCUUUCGCUGACUUAUGGUUCGUAUCCCUUCGCGAGUUACAAAAUGUGCUUCGUGGACGACAUCCCCGAAAACACACUGCCAACGGCGUGCUUGUCGAUAUGCAGCAACCAUCUCCUCUUUCCUGAGGAUAUCAUUGAUCCAAUGUAUGACUCAACACGAGCUCUUGUCCAUGCCUUAUCGUGCCAGUGGAUCGGUGUCAAUAUCAUUCCCAAGGAACCCACAGACACCUGGGUCACGGUUGGUGUCGCCUGGUAUAUUACGGAUACGUUCUUGAGGAAGCUUUGCGGUAAUAACGAAUACCGUUUUCGCCUGAAACAGGUGUCCGAUCGAGUGUGCGAUUUGGAUUAUGAACGUCCCUCGAUCUAUGACAUGGGAAACAUCCUGAACCUCGAUCCUUCUGAGAUUGAGUUCAUCGCGCUCAAAGCGCCCCUCGUCCUUUUCAUUCUAGAUCGACGCCUCACAAAAGCAAGUGGGAAAGCAACAAUGUCUCGCAUUAUUUCACGCAUGUUCCUGAAUGCCCGGAUGGGGGAUAUACCCAAUGGAGCCAUCACCUCUUCCCAAUUUCAAAAGAUAUGCGAACGACUUGGCCACGCGAAGUUGGAUACGUUCUUCCAACAAUGGGUCUACGGUGCUGGAUGUCCUCGAUUCCAAGCCACACAAAGAUUCAAUAAAAAGAAAUUGGUGGUGGAGAUGAUGAUUAAGCAAGUUCAAGCUGAUCAGCCAAGUGCGCGCGAUCUCGACAAAGACACAUUUAUGCGCGAUGUCAAAGAGGAAAUUCGAGGAGUCUAUGCCGGGAACAUUCAGCCAGUGUUCUCAGGUUCUAUGACGAUCAGGAUACACGAAGCUGACGGUACUCCUUAUGAGCACAUCGUUGAGAUCAAAGAAGGGGUCACCAAGUUCGACAUUCCUUACAACACCAAGUAUAAGAGGCUCAAGCGGAACAAAAGACAAAAAGAGCGUGCAGCUGUGGUAUCCGGUGGGGACCCAAAUGCGGAAACACAAGAGGAUGUGUUACUAUACUGCCUUGGCGACGUGCUCCAGACUGAAGAGGAGAUGCAGGAGUGGAGACUCGCAGACUGGAGUAAAGAGGACGAGGAUCGAAUGGGUCAGGAAUCAUACGAGUGGAUUCGCAUGGACGCGGACUUCGAAUGGAUAUGCAAGCUUUCGCUUGUGAUGCCGGGUUAUAUGUACCUCUCGCAACUUCAACAAGAUCGCGAUGUCAUAGCGCAAUUAGAGUCCCUGCAAUACAUGGCAGCUCAGCGAGAACACCCCCUUAUCUCAACAAUUUUUGUUCGAACCUUAAUGGAUCGGAGGUACUUUUAUGGUAUCCGGGAAGCCGCGGCGCGAGCUUUAGUAAAACAUGCGAAGGAAGAAAUCAACUGGUUAGGACUCUUUCACCUUGAAAGGGCUUUUCAAGAGUUGUUCUGCCUCCCUGGAUCUCCCAUGACACGCUCGAAUGAUUUCUCCGACCGGGCGGCAUACGUGCUUCAGCUUGCGAUUCCAGAAGCUAUAUCUAAGGUGCGCGAUAAUGACGGAAAGACACCGUUGAGAGUCAAGCGCUUCUUAUAUGAUAAGCUGAAAUUUAAUGACAACUCUAACAAUGAGUAUUCCGAUAACUUCUACGUCGCCACUUUGAUGCAGUCGCUAUGCCAUGCCAUGCUCGGCAAAGUUGAAUCCCGCGACGUCGAUGUCGAUGAUUUCGACAUGGAACGCAUGCUUGAGACCCAAGCUGAAGAGCAGCUGGAAAAAGACGCUAUUGCGGAAUUUGAUCGGUACAGGAGAAUGGACGAAUGGUCUAGUUCGUUUCAAAACGUCUACUCCCGUGCAGCACUGCGCUGUCAAAUGCAACUCAUGCGUGCCAAGAUACUGGACGUGGACGUUAUGCAAUUUCUACCAUAUACCCGGGCCGGAACAUACGACCUUCUGCGCGCAGAUGCCUUUGAAUGUCUCGUCGAACUUGAUAUAUUCAGAAGUCCCGAGCUUUUGAAAUGGUUCAUGUUCACCAUGUCGAGCGACUCUUCCCUUUGGCUUAGGCGACGACUUCAUGAUCUGUUCGGCAAGGCCUUGGCGCCAGUUGCCUUUGGUCGUGAACCGGAAAAUGAGCCCUCCGCUAAUGUCGAUAGCUUGAUAAUCGAGCAAGAAUCUUCAACCAAGGUUCGUCAGGCGGAUCUUGCGAGGAAACAAACCGUCACUGGAGCCAUAGAGGCGCUCAAAGGGGAAAUUUCUGGUGAUCAGAAUUUCAAGGAAUGUCUCUGGGCAGCAUGCAACUCUCCCGGGAUUGGCAUUCUCGAGCUUUCCGUAUUUGCUGAUCUGUGCAAAGCCCUGUAUGACUCGGUCACGUCAGUGAUGGUGAAGUUGAAGUAUCCGCGGUAUUGGCAAGUAAAGCAUCUUGGAAAGGGCCGCAUGCAUUUCUCACGGUCCAGCCGAAUCCGAACCACUCUCGCACCCUCAAAAGAUCCCUCGACAAGCGGGAAGCGCAAACGCGACGAGAACGUGAUGCCUCCACCUGGGCCCCGUAUCACAUUCAAGCAAUCGAAACUGGGUUCAAGCACUCCCUCAGCAACUCCUCACCCAACCUCGCAACCCAAUCCGAAGUUGCAUAUUCCAAAACUUUCCGCUUCACCGGCACCUCAGCCGCCGAAGACGCCCGCUGCUCCGUCCACACCGUCGACACCCAGUGGUGGCGGCGGUGGGCUCAAGCUGAAACUCAAAUUCGGCCAGAAGCCGAAAUAA